AUGGAAAUUACUUCCAAAGAUAUCUGUGAACAAAUUUUAAAGCUUGCUAAUGAAGGUAUAACACCCUCACAAAUUAGUAUAUAUCUUCGAAACUUGUAUAAUUUUAGGCCAUUCAAAAACAUUACUUCAAAUAAGGUUGUUCGAAUCUUGAAGCUUAAUGGUUUAGCACCUAAAAUUCUAGAAGAUCUCUACCACUUAAUCACGAAAUUAAUUAUUGUUUGUAAAUACUUGAAGUAUAAUCGUAGCGAUAAGGUGUCUAAAUUCUGGUUAAUUUUAAUUGAGUCAAAAAUUCACCAUCUUGCCAGAUUCUAUAAAACAGAAAGACAACUUCCUUCAGACUGA